AUGGUGACGAAAAGGCGUGCCUGCGAUGCGUGCUACAAGCGAAAGAUUCAAUGCUACAGCUCCGAAGCAGGUGGCGAUGCGGCCUGUGACUGGUGCCAACACCACGACCUCGCCUGCACCUUUGACCGCGUCAGCCGUAGGAAGAAAAGAGUAACCGAGACUGGUUCGAGAGCGUCGCUUGCCAAACGCCUGGAGCAGAUCGAGGUGGCUUUAGCUCGCUCCGUGGUACCGCAGCAAACGUCGACUAGGUCCAUGGGCCAUACUUGUACAGUAUGUCGAUCUGAAUCUUCGUUGCGUCGUCUCAACAGAAACAGUACCCCCUUGGGCCAAAUCUAUUUUGCAGGACAAAAUUUUGGCGCCAUCUGCUCGAGAAACGGCAUCCCACAUUUUACCAACAGAGGCGAGCAAUGGAUCUACGCGCAAACGGGCCAAUGGCCUCGUUUCGAUCAUCUCUACGUCGACCGCUCGGAUGACAUCGGCGAGCGUGCCGAAAUUCCCGCCUUUUCCUCCUCGAGUCGAUUCCCGGUGGCCCCGAGGGCACGGCUGCCCGAGAAGAGAGUUCUCCUGUUGCUGCUUCGCGCCUUUGUAACGUCCGACUUCAGCCGGGUCUUUCCCCUCGUCGACCGUGCCUUGUUCGAGGAGACGGCCCGGCUCGCAUAUGAACAGAGCACUCCCCAGACCAUCGAACAUGUCAGUGCCAAAGCCUGCGUGUUUGCCUUUCUCUCGACCGUCGGAACGCACUUUCCGGAGCUCGAUGCUGCAUCGGACCUGGACAGCGAUGCCUGUGCCAAGGAAGCCCAGGUCUUGCUCUCGGACAUUCUCGAAGAUGCGAGCAUCACGACCCUGCAGACCAUAUUUAUGCUGUUGCUGCAUGAGACCCUCUGCGGUCACCUUCAAGCAGCCUCCAUGUAUCAUGCCGUUGCCUGCCGCACCGUCUUCGCCCUCGGAGGCCACACCCUCGUCCAUUCCCUAUCCAAAGAUGGGAAACCGACGGCGGAGGAGCACGAGGAUGGCCAUCUGCGAAUGCUCUUCUGGCUAUGCUACGCCUUUGACAAGGACAUUGCGUUACGGACGGGCCAGCCGCCCAUCAUCUGCGACCCCUUUUGCGAUCUCACGCUGCCCGACGGCUACGAGGAAAACCACUUCGCGGAUGGCCGGACCGGUUCCUCAUCCUACGCUGACGUCGACUCGGACUCAGCCGCGAACGAGUCGCAACGUCCGUGGCUUCCGAGCGAUCUGCGGCUGAGCCUCAUCAAGUCCAAGGCUGUGCACGCCCUCUACUCUGCUUCGUCGCUGCGCAAGUCGGAGGCCGAACUGCUGAGGACGAUACGCGAGCUGGACGAGGAGCUCGAAAGCUGGCGCUUGUCCGUUCCUGCCGAGUUCUCGCCCGCGCUAUCAGUGCGGAAGCACGUCAAGCUUGCCGACGACCUCAACAAGUCCAAGAGCAUGCUGCACAUCGAGCUGCAUCUCGACUAUCACUAUCUCCUCAACGUCAUACACUGCGCCAGCGGUCGCUGCCUCGUUGACUGGAACGGACCCGGAAAGGAGAGGACGUUUGGCGUCCAGUCCAGCCUGGACCUGUCGGUCGAGGCCAGCCGGUCGACGCUCAUAUACCUCAGCGCCGCGACGCAUCGCUUGGCUGGCGAGGCAUUCUGGGUCUUCAUCUUUUACCCCGUCUCCGCUCUCAUGACUCUCUUCUUUAACAUCCUUCGAAAUCCUCUUCAUGAGUAUGCGGUGCAUGACGUGGAACUUCUCUCGUCGGCCUCUGAUCUGAUUCGGAGCAUGCCCAUCCGCAGGGUGACAGCACAUGAAACGGCCUACUUGCAAAAAAUGGACGGCUUCGUGGCGGAGUUGAGCCGACUGAGCAGAUGUGCCAUUGAAAAGUCGCGGAACAGCAGUUCCGAUGCGCCUUGA